AUGAAGAGUCCCAGCCUGCUCUCCCUCCCAUUCGACUUAAUAUGCGUCAUUGUCACGAACAUUGGGGAUCGCGAUUAUAUCAACCUGAGCCGCACACACCCCAAGCUCUAUGCGGACCUGUGUUAUGAACAGCUUGCUCGCAAGUUUGUCGAGUUAACUCACAAGGGUCAUCUGCAAGAAGAGCGUGCUGACCGCAGAGACAGAGAACGAUGGCUUAUAUUCGACAUUCACGAAGCCCUUGCAACCGCGAAACCUUACUCGAUCGAUAUCAUUGCGUACGGGUCCGACUUUCUCUACAACCAAGGGUUCAUUUGCUACCUUGUCAACCAUGAAAUCCGUCUUCUUGAACUCCCUUUCUCAUACAUUUUAUGGUUCAGCUAUUCAUCCGUGCCGUCUCAGGUGAGUUGA